AUGGCGCUCGAUAACUUCUAUCACAACAAGAUUGAGAGUCUCAAACUUGAGAUCAUACAGGGCCAAGCAGUCCUCCGCCGGUUAGAAGCACAGAGAAAUGACUACAACUCAAGAGUGCGGUUAUUGCGGGAAGAACUGGGGCUGCUGCAACAACCGGGAUCUUAUGUUGGUGAGGUCGUGAAGGUGAUGGGCACCAAGAAAGUGCUGGUCAAAGUACAUCCGGAGGGUAAAUAUGUCGUCGACAUUGCUGAUGGCGUUGACAUCUCCAAGCUCACCGUUGGCAAGCGCGUGUCCCUCCUCUCAGACUCCUACAAGCUGGAAAAGAUGCUGCCCUCUUCCGUAGACCCGCUGGUCUCCCUCAUGAUGGUGGAAAAGGUUCCAGAUUCUACCUACGACAUGAUCGGCGGUCUCGACCAGCAAAUUAAAGAGAUCAAGGAAGUCAUCGAGCUAGGUCUCAACCAUCCCGAAUUGUUCGAGUCUCUCGGUAUUGCGCAGCCCAAAGGUGUUCUGCUGUACGGCCCUCCUGGUACUGGCAAGACGCUGCUCGCUCGCGCUGUCGCCCACCACGCCGACUGCAAAUUUAUCCGCGUGUCGGGCUCCGAGCUGGUGCAGAAAUACAUCGGCGAGGGUUCCCGAAUGGUGCGUGAGCUCUUCGUAAUGGCGCGUGAGCACGCACCCUCGAUCAUCUUCAUGGACGAGAUUGACUCUAUCGGUUCCUCGCGCGUGGAGGGCUCAAGUGGCGGCGAUUCAGAAGUGCAGCGGACGAUGUUGGAGCUUCUCAAUCAGCUUGAUGGCUUUGAACCUACGAAAAACAUCAAGGUCAUCAUGGCCACCAAUCGUCUCGAUAUCCUAGAUCCUGCACUCCUUCGACCAGGUCGGAUAGAUCGUAAGAUUGAGUUUCCCCCACCAACGGUAGAGGCGAGGGCGGAUAUUCUCAAAAUUCACUCGAGAUCGAUGAACUUGACGAGAGGCAUUGAUCUAACAAAGAUUGCAGAGAAGAUGAAUGGGUGUUCUGGUGCCGAGUUGAAGGGUGUCUGUACGGAGGCCGGCAUGUUCGCACUUCGUGAGCGCAGAGUUCAUGUCACACAGGAAGACUUCGACCUCGCAACGGCGAAGGUGUUGAACAAGGCGAACGACAAGGAGGUCAGCUUGGGCAAGCUCUGGAAGUAG